AUGUCAGAGGCCAAAUUUCGGCCGCCGAUAAUGCCUGCGGCUCAGCCAUCGACGUCGACGCCCUCCCCCUCCAUCUCCGCCCCAUCGGAGACCACCAAUCCCAUGCUGACGAUGUUUGAUCUCUUCCAGAAUCCCACAAAUAUCUGCACCAUCCUUGCCGUCUGUGUGCUCGUCUUCGUGAGCGGGGUCUAUCUGAUUCAUCUCAUUGCCAUCAGUUAUGCGUAAGUUAAAAUAUUGGAAAGCUUGAUGCUACUGGUUAUGUUUUACAGCAAACGACGGUUGCAUCGGAAAGCGGUCAGAAAACUGGACGAAGUUGGAGUGUCGAUAAUAAAACCGGUGGUGGGAACGGAUGACAAUCUCUUCUUCAAUCUGGAAUCUUACUUCAAAUUGCAAUACUCUAGAGUAAGCGUAUCCAUAACUAUAAUGCUUAAUGCGGCUCUUUUCAGUAUGAACUUCUUUUUUGUUUCAAUGAUGAAGCCGAUCCGGCUUUAAAGGUAGUAGAAGCCCUCAGGGCAAGGUAUCAAGAUGUGGAUGUGAGGAUAUUCUUUGGUAAGUGACAUGCAUUUAAUAUAUAUAAAUGGUUAUAGGGGGAGAACCCGUGGGAUUAAACCCGAAGAUCAAUAACAUGAUGCCCGGCUACAGAGCAUCCAAAUACCCUUUGGUUUUGAUCAGUGAUGCCAAUAUUUACAUGAGGAAUGAUGCCUUGGCGGACAUGGUUGCUUGUCUAGAGGAUAAUGUAGGCAUGGUCACUCAGCUACCGUACAGUAUGGAUCGUCCCGGAUUUGCAGCACAUGUGGAGCAGGUAAAUGCGUGAUCUGUAUGAACAUGAAAGUAAUGGGAUGGCCGUGUCAUAACCUGAUUCUUUAGGUGUAUUUCGGUGGAGCCCAUGCCCGGAUAUACAUGGCUGGGAAUGCUUUGCACAUCGUUUGUUCAACUGGAAUGUCCUGUCUGAUGAGGAAAGGAGUACUCGAAGAUUGUGGUGGACUACCAUACUUUGGCGCUUUCCUGGCAGAAGAUUACUUUUUUGGUGUGGAAUUUGUAAGACGGUAUGUUGUUACAAUUAUUUCUUCUUCUGUUGACCAGAAAAAUUGUUAUAUUAAAAUUGUUGCAGAGGUUGGCGAACAGUGGUUUCACAUCUACCAGCUCUUCAGAACGGGUCAAAAACGGAAGUCUCAUCGUUCCACGAACGGAUGUGCCGAUGGAUGAAGCUGAGGAUAGCCAUGUUGCCCCACACUAUCAUCUUGGAGCCGGCUCAAGAAUGUUUUAUGUGUUGUCUUCUAGGCUCAACGGCCUUGUUUUACUUAACAAACUCGUUUUAUUACGUCUUCUCAUACGCAGUAUUGCACAUGUUAUACUGGAUCAUAUGUGAUUUUAUCUUAAUCAACAUCGUUCAGGUGAGUCACAUAAAUGUUUCACAAGUCGGGACUUGAAUAAUGAUUAAAGCAACAAAGCCACAGUACUUUCUUUAAUUUAAACUCGUGACCCACCAGGUUACUAUUGGGUAUUGCAUUACAAAUAUGGUAUUAGUAAUCCUAAUAUGACUUUUUUUCAGAAUGGAGCGAUUCCUUUCAACUUUCUCCAAUACCUGGUGGCCUGGCUGUAUCGAGAAUGCAGUACUCUGCCGGUGUUUUUGAAGGCUCUCACCAAUCCAGAUAUCCAUUGGCGCCAAGGAACUUAUCGACUAAAUUGGGGCGGUCGAAUAAAGGCAUAUCCCCCUUCUCGGAAGUAG